CAAAUUUCCAUUGAGCUUCCUAUUCGUGAAGUCAUCAUCCAAUGUCUACAACACUACUAUUUUCUCUCCAUUUGUCUUCCAUCUGAAACCCUAAUUAAAAGCGAAUCACUCACUCUUUAGUUCCAAAGUGGGAUCAGACUAGGUUUCGACGAACAUUCACUUAAUUGUGAAAAAUGGAUGAUCCACUGGAGAGGUUGCAAUCAGAAACAAUGGAAGAGAGAGAGGGAUCGAGCAUGAAGGAAGAGCUAUCCAUGGAGAUUGAUCCUCCCUUCAAGGAAAGUACUGCCACUGCCGAGGACUGGAGGAAGGCAUUGAGCAUGGUUGUUCCUGCUGUGGUCGUCCUACGCACGACUGCUUGUCGCGCUUUCGACACUGAAGCUGCUGGCGCCAGCUAUGCCACUGGCUUUGUUGUUGAUAAACAUCGUGGAAUCAUACUUAGCAAUCGUCAUGUUGUCAAGCCUGGACCUGUAGUUGCAGAAGCUAUGUUUGUGAACCGUGAAGAAGUUUCUAUAUAUCCUAUCUACAGAGACCCGGUACAUGAUUUUGGUUUCUUUCGCUAUAACCCUGGUGCCAUUCAGUUCCUAAAUUAUGAGGAGAUUCCUCUGGCUCCAGAGGCUGCUUGUGUUGGAUUAGAAAUCAGAGUUGUUGGCAAUGAUAGUGGAGAGAAGGUCUCUAUUUUAGCUGGUACUCUUGCUCGUUUGGAUAGAGAUGCUCCUCAAUACAAAAAGGAUGGAUACAAUGAUUUCAAUACUUUCUAUAUGCAAGCAGCUUCGGGAACUAAAGGGGGUUCAAGUGGUUCUCCAGUAAUUGACUGGCAAGGUAGGGCCAUUGCUUUGAAUGCUGGGAGCAAGUCGUCAAGUGCUUCAGCAUUCUUCUUACCUUUAGAAAGGGUCGUAAGGGCAUUAAAAAUCUUGCAGAAUGGAGGUUUAUCUAGAGAUAAGUGUGAGGCAGUUAAAAUACCCCGUGGCACACUCCAGGCAACAUUUAUUCACAAAGGGUUUGAUGAGACACGUAGGCUUGGUCUGAAAAGUGAAACAGAACAGAUGGUACGUCAUGCUUCUCCACUUGGUGAAACGGGAAUGCUUGUGGUUCAUUCUGUGGUUCCAGGUGGGCCUGCUCAGAAACUUCUUGAGCCGGGUGAUAUUCUUGUUCGCAUGAAUGGGGAUGUGCUUACUCAGUUCCUGAAAAUGGAAACUCUACUAGAUGACAGUGUGGAUAAAAAAAUUGAACUGCAGAUUGAAAGGGGUGGCACACAAAUGACUGUAGAACUAAUGGUCCAGGAUUUGCAUUCAAUAACUCCUGCCUACUUCUUGGAUGUCAGUGGUGGUGUCAUACACCCUCUUUCAUAUCAACAGGCUAGAAAUUUUCGCUUUCCUUGUGGGCUUGUUUAUGUUGCCGAACCAGGGUACAUGCUUUUCAGAGCAGGAGUUCCUCGCCAUGCCAUUAUUAAGAAGUUUGCAGGUGAGGAAAUUGCAAGUGUUGAAGAUUUGAUAUCCGUGCUGUCUGGGUUGUCUAGAGGUGAUCGCGUGCCACUGGAAUAUAUAGGUCACUUGGAUCGUCAUAGGAGGAAGUCUGUCCUUGUCACAGUGGAUCGGCAUGAAUGGUAUGCCCGGCCACAGAUUUACACACGUGAUGACUGUACCGGUUUAUGGAGAAUAAAACCUGCAUUGUCACCUGAAUCUCCUAUGUUCUACACUGGCCUGAGUAAUGGCAAGCAAAUCCAUGCAAAUCACACGAUUCCAGUUGCUGAUGAAGCCGUGAUGGAGCAUACAGAUGUAGAAGUAAACAGAGAAUUGGUAGAUGGUAUUCCUAGCAUGGAUCAAGUUGCUAAGAAAAGGCGAGUUGAGGACUCUUCUGGUGAUACCAAUAUUAUUGCUAAUCGUUGCUUAAAUGAGCAUAGAGAUGUGGAGUUGAGAGAUUCAACAAUUUCAGAAAGUACAAUUGUCAGGGAUCUCCAAGGAGCAGCUUCUGCAACUUCUAAGGCCUCGGUAGCUGAGCGUGUCAUAGAGCCUACUCUUGUAAUGUUUGAGGUUCAUGUGCCACCAUCAUGCAUGGUUGAUGGUGUGCAUUCACAACAUUUCUUUGGAACAGGUGUUAUUAUAUAUCAUUCUGUAAAGAUGGGAUUAGUUGCUGUUGACAAGAACACUGUUGCAAUAUCUAUAUCUGACGUGAUGCUUUCUUUUGCGGCCUUUCCAAUUGAAAUUCCUGGGGAGGUUGUUUUUCUCCACCCCGUCCACAAUUUUGCUCUUAUUGCAUAUGAUCCUUCUGCUCUUGGGCCUGUAGGUGCCUCUGUUGUUCGUGCUGCGGAACUGCUCCCUGAACCUUUACUGUGUCGUGGAGACUCUGUGUAUCUUGUAGGGUUAAGUAGAAGCUUGCAAGCAACUUCAAGAAAAUCCAUUGUUACCAACCCUUGUGCUGCUUUAAACAUAGGCUCUGCUGAUUGCCCAAGGUAUAGAGCAACAAAUAUGGAAGUCAUCGAACUUGAUACUGAUUUUGGUAGUACUUUCUCGGGCGUGCUUGCUGAUGAGAAAGGAAGAGUUCAGGCUAUCUGGGGAAGUUUUUCAACACAGCUGAAGUAUGAUUGUAACUCAUCAGAAGAUCAUCAAUUUAUCCGUGGUUUACCAAUUCAUGCAAUUACCCAUGUCCUUGACAAAAUUGUAUCUGGUGAAAGUGGCCCAAAUCUUCUCAUUAAUGGUUUCGUAAUGCAAAUGCCGUUGAUUAGGAUCUUAGAUGUCGAAUUAUACCCUACUCUCCUUUCCAAGGCUAGGAGUUUUGGGUUAAGUGAUAAAUGGAUUCAGGCUCUAGUUAAGAAGGAUCCUGUUAGGCGUCAAGUAUUAUGUGUUAAAGGUUGUUUGGCGGGAUCAAGUGCUGAGAAUCUUUUGGAACAAGGUGACAUGAUAUUGGCAAUUAAUAAGGAGCCUGUCACAUGCUUCCGUGACAUCGAAAAUGCUUGUGAAUCAUUGGACCAGUGUAAAGAUACUGAUGGAAGGUUGAACUUGACUAUAUUCCGACAGGAUCGUGAAAUUGAUCUUCUUGUCGGAACAGAUGUGAGGGAUGGAAAUGGAACAACACGUGUGAUAAACUGGUGUGGUUCUAUUAUCCAUGAUCCACAUCCAGCUGUGCGUGCUCUCGGAUUUCUUCCAGAGGAGGGCCAUGGUGUCUAUGUGGCAAGGUGGUGUCAUGGCAGCCCUGUUCAUAGAUAUGGCUUAUAUGCACUUCGGUGGAUUGUUGAAAUCAAUGGGAAACCAACGCCUGACCUAGAUGCAUUUGUUAAUGUAACCAAGGAAAUAGAAGACGGGGAGUUUGUAAGAGUGAAGACGAUCCAUUUGAAUGGAAAACCUCGAGUAUUAACACUAAAGCAAGAUUUGCACUACUGGCCCACGUGGGAGAUUCGAUUCGAUCCGUCGUCUGCAAUUUGGAGGCGGAAUACAAUUAAAGCAUUGGCUGGAAACAUUGCCUAAAUCUAAUCGAUUUUAUUUUCUUUCAGGCUAAUUUUAAAAGCUUAUUUUUUUACCUUCAUAAAUUACAUUUGUCAUAUUUUGAAUUCUGAAGCCUCAGGGGAAUUUAAGUUAUUAUUUACUUGUGCUAUUAACUUCCAUAUGUGAUUUUAUUUCAAGUUAUCCUUGUUUGGAGAUAAUUUUGUAAGGCAACUGAAAAAAAAGAAAUAAGAAUUACAUACAAAUUGUGCCU